AUGCGCUUGGUUACGCCAUUUUUCGACCAAAAAGAAUUCCAUUUGACAACGGAUACACCCUCUUAUGCGCUGCACGGAACCGCUUUAGCUUGGAAGCAGAGCAUUAAAAUUUUCGGUUGCAAAGGCUGUGCGUUCGUCAUUGACUAUUCAAAGCCAGGCUGCAACGACACAACCGGAAAUGGGGAUAACCUAACAAUAUUGUGUUAUGAUGAUUUUCCUUUUCUGCUUGCCGGCAAAGUUCCGGAUAUAUCCGGAUGCACGCAAGCAUGGUCCACUUGCCAGGAUUUUAAGCAGUUCCAUUUCCAAUGCACGUGGACCGUACCGGGCCCGGGAACCGAGCUGUCUUACCGGUCUGCCGUGAUUAUCCAAGGAGAUUAUUUUGCCCUGUCGAUCCGAGUGCAAGAGUGGGCCGUCGAGACUGCGCGAUACCAUUUAUUCUCCACUGGCCCAGACGAUGAGGACCUGUGCAUCGAUGACGGCAACGUGAUCAUCUUGCAGCCACUGACAUCACUGACUUGCGUCUCUAUCUUUGACCCCGAACAAUACAACAAGACGGUGCCGUUCAAUUUAUUCCGGAUGGGAAGCCUUGCGGAAGCUGGUUCACUUUUGGACAUCUAUGCUGGCGGAAUUCCCGGGAAUGGGAAUGCGAAUUUUUUGGGUAGCGCUCGAACAUCGCAGGAAGACCAGCAAUAUAAUAGUUUUGAUAGUGUCGUCACUUUCAUGAACCGAGACUUCGAGGACAACGUUUUUAUUGUGCCGUCGAUGAGUCGCGAUGACCCAGGCCCGAGUGAUUUCUUUUGGAUAGCGCUUCACUCCAAACCCGACAACGCCUACCCUGCUAAGCAGCUUCAAAUAUCCGUGGAUUUU